UUAAAAACAAAGAUAACCACUGAUAACAUCGACAGCUGAAAAAUCAAUUUAACCGUUUUAUUUGUGAUCUUGAAAAUGUGAGUUAUUAGAUAGUGAAAUGAAAUGUAUUUCAAGUAAUUUCUGCAAAUGAUUCAACAUUCAAGUGAAAAGAAUUAAAUACCUCAAACAUCUGGCUAUCUGGAAAUAACUUUAAAACAUUGAUAAAUUAUUUAUAAAACUUUGAUAGCAUAAACAUUGGGUUGUAUAUUGAUAGAGUUGUAAGAUCUUUGUGGGAAUAACUGUUUAACAGUGUUCAGGCUACACAUAAGACAAUGACUAGUCGAAAGGAUAUAAAGUUUGGUGUUGUUGUAGCAUUUGGUUUAGUGUACUUCGUUAGUUUUUGGCUUCUUACUAUUGGAUAUUUCACACCAUAUUGGUUAUUGAUUAACCUGUCAUCUGGAGACUUCGACAGUGCUUGGAUUUCUACACAUACCACCGCUUCAUAUUAUUCGUGGAUACCUUGGAAGUAUGGUAGUGCUUGUAAUAGUGUUGGAUUGGUCAAGCCAACCAUGAAUUGUGACGAGAGUAUCUAUGACUGGUUUGAGACAUCUAAUAUACACAGUAUAAGGACGAUAUUGCGACCCACCUUCAUUCUAAUGACAACAGCUGUUGUAGUGGUGUACACAAACGCUAUGAUGCUGAUUACAGCUGUCGUGUUUGACUUAUUCCAUUAUUCUCUUUACAUGUCUUUGUUGUCCAUCUCAUUCGGAGUAUUUUGUCCCAUUGCUGCUGUUCUUAUUCUGGUAGCGACUAUAUAUGUUGAAGCAGCAUAUACGACAGACACAGGAUAUUCGCCAAUGCUAUGUACUGUAUCUGGUUGUUUGAUGCUUAUUUUUUACAUAAGUCUCAUUGUGUACGACAGGAAAUACAUACAAAGUAGUACGACGUCAAAACCAAAGGAGAAGUCUAAACAUGCAGCAGGUGGAAACAAAAGAGGAAGUCGUGAUACAACAAAGCAUGAUCCUACUUCUUUCGAAACUAAGCUAAAGAGAGACAAGGUUCAACCAGUACGAAAUUGGGGUUUACGAAGAAAGUAACAGAACUCUGGACGCCGGGUUUAUCCCGAUGUUAAGCUCAAUUUUUAUUCAACUCCUAUAUUGAUAUAUAGCGAUUCCCUUGCAUAACAUUGAAAUACUGAAAUGUUUUUCUUCUGAUCAUUGCUGUGGUGUGUUAUAGCAAAGUGCUGCUCUAGAUUUAGAUUAGUAAUGUAUACAUUUUCUAUUCUAAUCUUUGCUUUAUUACUGCUCAUGAACGGACUCAAUCAAACCGAGUCUGCAAUUUUCACUGUUUGCCUUGUUCUCGGUGCUUCCGAGGGAUCUACUUUCCAGAUUUUAUAUAGAUAGCAGCUGUAUGUAUCACUGUGAUAAAUGCAUUCCAUUUGGCAAGUAAAAGUGGCAGAUUAGACUUUUAAUAGAAAUAUCAUUCGGGCUAUUAACACAAGCGUUCUAAACGUUGGUAAAAGUCACGUGGCCUGUUGUAUGAUGCAGGUUUUUCUAUUCAUGUUAAAACAAUACGUGAUGUGUGUUCGAAAUGGAGAACAUAUUUCGUGUCAUGAACAUAACGCAACAACCAUGAUUGAAGUUUUGACUUUAAACUUGGUUUGUACGACACAAAGAGCAGCGUGCAUGCAUCAGAUCGGUACAUCAAAACAUAUAGGUAGAUACCGAUGAAACAUUGUGCAGGACACGUGCACUUAUUGGAAAGUCAAAUAUCAAGGUCAGAAAUUUAGUUGAAAUCUAUCCCAUGUAUUAUGUCUCCGGAACACGUUUCCAAAACCAUUCAAGGUAUUGACUUAAAACUUGGUAGGUGUUGAUGAGACUAUAUGUAGAUGGCAUGUCCUUGGACAGAAGUUCAGAAUUCAAGAUCACAAAUUAAGUUCAAAUGUCAAGCCUGUCCUUUGCAUUUUUGUAUAUGAGGUCAACUCAAACUAUUCAAUGUACUGACUUAAAGCGUUGAACAAUGACGGUUUGUGAUGAAACAAUUUGAGGAGUACAACUCUCAAUAUUAUUUCUCCCUCACUCCCGCACACCACAUACACAAAAACAGUUUCUUCGCUAAUAGAAAAAUAGACAAACAAUAAGUACACUUCUAGUAUGUUGUAUCUUAUUAUUCACCAUCGCCACACAAACCCACCCCAGACCUCAACCCAUCGUCACAUUACAUCCCUCCUUCGACAUGCACCAACAUUAUUUUCUUCAAAUUUUUAUUCUUCCUCUUCUGAUCUAGAAAUUUGGGUGUAUAUUUAUUGUCGCACUUUGCGGCGCUCUUGUUCCAUUUUAGACUCUUGUAAAUUUUAACAUAAAUUCCAGUUUGUUUAGUUCUGCUCAUUGUUUUCUCGUUUAGGGCAAACCCAUUAUUUAAACUGGGGACCGUACGCCGCUUUUCAUGGAAUUACACACUAGUGUAGCAUUGAAGGUUCCAUGUGCACCGCCGUAUGAACACAUCUGCGGAUGUGUCUAAAUUGUUUUUUGUACUUUUAACAUGUGUAAAUGUUGAGUUCUGCUCAACCCGGGGCUAGAGGGCGUGGACGGUAGCAUGCAUUUCCACUACCGUUCAUGAACAGGCUCAAUCAAACCGAGUCUGCAACAUUUUCGUUUUUGUUGUGUUGAGCGACCUGUGGGGUUUCCACUUUUUCUAUUCAAUUGCGAAUAAUUAAAGUUUUAAAAAAUUCUA